AUGACAGAGACUCAAGUUCUUACCGAAAAGAGGUUUUCCCUCGAAUCAGUCAAAAGUAUGUUGUUGAGUGACACCGUCAAGCAUUUGGUUGCAGGUGGAGUUGCUGGAGCUGUCAGUCGUACCACUGUCAGUCCUUUGGAGCGGAUGAAAAUUCUCUUUCAGGUUCAAGGACCGGAGCCAGCUAAUUAUCAGGGCGUCAUUCCCACAUUACGGAAGAUGUGGGCAGACGAAGGGUUUGUAGGUUUCAUGCGCGGCAACGGCACGAAUGUUAUCCGGAUUGUUCCAUAUAGUGCUGUCCAGUUUGCAAGCUAUGAGCAAUUCAAGAAGCUUCUUAUGGAACCUGGCAAGCAUGAUCUUGAUACUCCUAGAAGACUGGCAGCAGGAGCCUUGGCGGGGUUAACAUCAGUCGCAUGUACAUACCCUCUGGAUAUUGUGCGCACACGCCUUUCAAUUCAGUCCGCUCAGCUUGCCAGCACCAAGGAAGGUCAAGCAGCACUUCCUGGUAUCUGGAAGACGAUGGUUAUUAUUUAUUCAAAAGAAGGAGGCAUUGUUGGUCUCUACAGGGGUCUUGGUCCUACGCUCAUGGGUGUGGCCCCUUAUGUUGCCCUCAACUUCCAAGCCUAUGAAGUUCUUCGUACUUACCUGACGCCACCUGGGGAGACUUCACCAUCUGUCAGCAGGAAACUCUUGUGUGGUGCUUUGGCAGGAAGUUUUGCUCAGACGAUGACAUAUCCAUUGGAUGUACUUCGUCGUCGCAUGCAGGUUACUCAAAUGGCAUCUGUGAGCUACAAAUACACUUCGACAUGGGACGCAGUCAAAAAAAUCGUCAAACAGGAAGGUGUUCGUGGUCUUUACAAGGGCAUGGUGCCAAAUUAUUUGAAAGUUGCACCUGCAAUCUCAAUAUCGUUUGUUGUUUACGAGCAAUGCAAGCAAAUCCUGAUUGGAAAGAAAACUACCGCAGGAAUGUAA